AUGUCUUACAAUCGUGGAAUUAAACGUAAUUCCUCAGGGAAUCGUAAUUUUAAUCGUAACGCUGGAGGAAUCGGCAUGGGGGUUGGCAGUACUCAGAGCCGUGGAUUAAAUCCUUGGGAGAGUGGUGUAAUGCCUGGUCGCGGAAUUUUACCUACGCCGAGUAACAACAAUCUCUCGUUAAAUUCACCGCAAGCUCAACUAGUCAUUGCAAGUAAUCUUCUUAGUAAUCUUCUGAGGACUCAACAAGAUACUCAGCCUCAAGUUCCAUCACUUCUGAGUUUAGGAACAGGUUUAAAUGGACCUAAUUCGAACUUCCGUAGCCCACAGAGCUUUUCAAACAAUCGUUAUAGUGAUAGACAAGGGCGAGGAAAUUUGAAAAGUCAACGUUCACAGCCAUACAGCAAUAAGAUGGGUAAUCGUGCUCGCGACGCUGUCGCUAAUCGACGUGGCCCAUCAUCCGCACAACAUUCUCGUGCGCAGUCCAAUCAACGUAUCAAUGGAAACCAAAAUCAACAUCGCAACGAUAAAUCUAAAGCUAAUUCUGAUUCGAAAAAAAACCAGACUGUCAAAAAGGAACAGCAGGAUCCUAAGAGUGUUGAUAAUGAGAAAGCAGAUACCCAGCCUAGUGCGAAAAGUGAGGAAGAUGAGACUGUCAAGAUAAAAGAAGAAGAAGAAGAAGGAGAUGGCGAGAAAGAACAAACUGAAACAACUUCAGUUGAAGUUACUGAAAAUGAUGACUCGAAGUCGAAAGAUGAAUCGGCUAAAAAAUCAGAAAACGCUGCUAAAGGUUCACCAUCAAAGAAGACGGAAGAAUCAGCAUCGACAGGAAAAAAAUCAGAGGCUAGACAUGCUGAAAGCCGAUAUGCAUCAGUGCCAAUCAGCCAAAUGUUUUGUCAUGUCUGCAAUAAACACAUGUGGGAUGGAUUUUCAUUUGAAAAUCACCUUCGAGGUCGAGCUCAUCAACUUAUGAUGGAAAAACUCGAUGAAUCAUACAAACUGAGAGUUGAUUUUAUGAGACAUGAAUUAAAAAUAUUUUUACAUCCUCGUUGUAUUGCUUGUGCUAAAGAGUUUCCAUCACGCAUAGAGUAUGAUGAACAUUGUUUGACACCAGGUCACAUGGCAAAUGCUGUUCAAAUUGAAGAACAGAAAAAAACAAAAAAAAAUAAACUGGCUAAAGGCGAGUCAGAAGUUCGUACAGGAGAUGAUGAAGAUAAAGAUUCUGGAUCUGAUCCUAAAGCCAACGAUAAUGAUGAUGAACUUCCGGAGAAUACUGAAUAUAUUACGGAUAUUAAAGAAGAUAUUGAUUUGACAAAAUAUAAAAUUCCUUCUUACAAACAUUGCCGUCAAAAUCAAUUAGAAAUGGGAGCUUCAAUGAUUAAACAAGUAGAAGGUUUUCAUUGUGAAAAAUGUAGGCGGUUUAUGUUAACUGAAGAAGACAUGAAGUCUCAUUUGCGUACGGUGACUCAUUACCGAAACUUUGUUGCCGAAUUAAAAGCUUUAACUACUCCGGCAGCUGCUGAAUCUAAUGACGAAAAACCUGUGAUUCAGGAUGACGAAAACAAAGGUGACGAGUGUGAAAGAGAAAAUAAACGACUAAAGUUAGACGACACUCUUGAAUCAGAGAUUAAAGAUGAAGAUGAGCCGAUGAAAGAGGAAAAUAGUUUAAAAGUUUCUCCUGAAAAAACAAAAGAAAAAGAAGAAAACAAAGAGAAAAACGAUAGUGGUAAUGAGAAGUAUGAUCCUAUGGAAGCAGAUGCAGAAUCAGAGGAAGAAAGUAUUAAACCCCAAACUGAUGAAAAAGAAAAAGAAAAAGAAAAAGAAAAAGAAAAAGAACAAGGAGAAGAAAAGAAAGCAGUAGAGAAGAAAAUACAAGAAGAGCAAAAGGAAAAAGAAAAGGAAAAGGAUAAGGAUAAGGAUAAGGAAGGGAAAGAAAAAGAAAAAGAAAAAGAAAAAGAAAAUACAAAUGAAAAUGACAAGUCAAUGGAAGCGUGGGACGAUGGUGAUAAUGAAGCUGAAUUUGGAUUCGGAAAUUUACUUGGGGACGAUAAUGAAAAUCCAGAAGAGCAACCUACAGUUCAGCAAAAUACACCAGUUGAACAAAAGACGCCAUCUACACCGCAGGUGCAGCCAAUGAAUAAUAAACAAUUAUCGGUAUCUCUCGCUGAAACUCCUGCAAAACUAAAUAGUUCUAUAGAUAAAGGAUCAUCACCAAGAGGUCGGAACUACCGUGGAAGAGGUCAUCAACGUGCGCGACGAUCACGUCGAUAA